UCAGAAAUGUCGGGGUCCAGAGCGAGAAACCGGAUCUCUUAACGAUCAUCAUCGGUUUCCUUGUCACCUAAAUCUGCAUGUGUCAGGACGUGAACAACACAUCGGCACAACCGAAAGCCGCGCGGGGAGUUGACACACCAGUGAACUCAUAUUUGAACGAAUUACAGGUGCGCGAGCCAGCCAGGAAACUCCGGCGGAUGACCACAGCCAAAGGGUCAGCUGCGAAGGCUGCGCGAGGAGGCAACAUUUUAAAUCAAGAUGAAGACUGCUGAAGUGGAUGAUGCAGGUCUGUUCACUGAAAGCUACUGUAACAUCUGUAAUGCACAACUCAUCUCAGAGUCGCAACGCAUCGCACACUACGAGAGUAAGAAGCAUGCCAAUAAAGUGCGUCUCUUCUACAUGUUGCAUCCAGAGGAUGGAGGACCCCCUUCCAAACGCCUCCGACCAGACAACCCGGACAGUGCAGAGACUGAGGUGGACAGGAAUAAAUGUUGCACUCUGUGCAACAUGUUCUUCACAUCAGCAGUGGUGGCGCAGUCCCACUACCAGGGCAAAACCCACGCAAAGAGACUCCGCCUCGUCCUAGGAGACACACCCCCUGUACCCGCCCACACAGAUUUGGCUCCUCCCCCCAGUCAAACCUCGCCCGACGCCCCAAUACUGGCCCCUCCCCUCCCAGCCGAUUGGUUGAGUGUGGGUGUGGGCGUGUCCAGGGGCGUGGUGAGGGAGGCAGCUAAGUACUGCUGUCUGUGUGGGGCGUGGUUUAACAACCCGCUGAUGGCCCAGCAGCACUACGAGGGCAAGAAGCACCGCAGGAACGCCACCCGCGUCCAGCUGCUCCAACAGCUCGCCGACAGCUUGGGAAACACACAGACUGCAGGUUUACGGAGCAGCUACUCAUGCAGUGUGUGUAAAGUGGUGUUAAACUCCAUUGAACAGUAUCAUGCUCACCUCCAGGGAUCCAAGCACCAGAACAAUCUGAAGCAACACCAGCAGUGAUGAUACACACACACUGAUGAGGACAUCACAACUCUGCAGGCCAUGUGUAUAAGAACAUCUCAUGUUGUGUGUGUGUGUGUGUGUGUGUGUGUGUGUGUGUGUGUGUGUGUGUGUGUGUGUGUGUCUGUGUCUGUGUGUGUGAACUCUAACUCCCCCUUGAACCUUCAGCAUGAAGUCCAGUUCCAGCUCCUGCGUCGACUUCUGAUGAUGUCACUCGGGGUACCAGCAACAUGCCUGAUGAUGUCAUAGUUCUUGUUAUGUGGACUAAAUGCUCUCACCUCACAAGAGCCUCACACACAUACACACACACAAAUACACAUAAUACUCUUUUUUCUCUCUCUCACACACAUACACACACACACACACAGUAAACACCUGCACCAAUGCAAAGCAUCUACACAGCCACACACACACAAAAUACACAGACUGGGUUUCUGUAAAUAACCUUUCACAUUUGGCACUUCUCUCUUUUAAUCUCUCUCUCUCUCUCUCUUUCUCUUUCUCUCUCUCUCUCGCUCUCUCUCUCUCUCUCUCACACACACACACACACACACACACACUUCCAUGACACCCAUGAAAAGAAAUCUGUUGAAGUUUGAUGAGUGUGUUUUGUUCAUUUGAUGUGUUUAUCGUCUGGUGCCGUGCCAUGUCUCUGUGAGUACAUAGAGAGUGCCACUGGGUCCUAGUGUCCGCCCUCUCUGGCAGGUGCUGUUUGGUUAGCUGCUGGGUCCUAGUGUCCGCCCUCUCUGGCAGGUGCUGUUUAGUUUGCUGUUUUCUUUGUGAAUUUCUAUGCAAAUGUUGGGAUGUUGUAGCUCUAUGCACUGUGCGUGCGUGUGUGUGUGUGCGCGUUAGAGCGUGUGAGCGCACAUGUGUGUAUAUGCGUGCAUGUGCGUGUGAGCGUGUGUGUGUGUGUAUGCCAGUGGCGGUUGCUGCUCUUUGCAAUAGGGGAAGCUCUGAUAAAAAUUGUCAGUUAUUAAAUUAAUACUAUUAAGGUGCUAUAUUGUUCUUUGAGGGCAAAAAUGAUCCCAAAACCCAGAAUAGACCAAACAGCUAUAGAGUUAGCAUGGCAGACAUGGCAGCUUGAGGGAGUUUAGGCUAGGUCCUAGCCUUCUAGAGUUAUUUCUCUGUGUACGUUCAUCUGCCUUGCUGUUUUAUUUUUAAUCUCCCCUGGUGGGCUUUUAAAAUUCAAGUAAACAUUAGCAUAAUGUAGCCUACACCGUUAUAUAGCGCGCUACCUAACUUAGCCUAAAUACACAACUGAAACAAAAGCAAG